GACUGUCAAAGUGAUAAGAAGUUGAUUUCACUCGGUAUAAUUGUUACUUACAUACUAACUUAAUCUCUUAACAUACUUAAUCUGCCAACAAUGUCAACAACUGAAGUUUUGUGCAACCUACAUCCCGGUGAACAACUUCCAGAUUUGGUAAAAUUAGUUUUGCGUGAAUUAAAAAGUCUUCAUGUAUCCUGUGGUGAAAACUGUCUGGAAGUUACCAAAUCUGGUCAAGAUUUUAUUGGCAUUUGUGUCUUCUACAAAGAUGGCUCAGCCUUAUUGCAAGACAGAGAUAGGCGCAUUCGAUCUGGUUACAUUUUCGCCGAAGCUAGUAGUGUCUUGGCGCCUAGAACGGGUAGUAACACCAUGCAUAGAACUGCUUACAACUUGAUCUUUGACAAAAUUGAGAACACACCAGGAAUUCUCAUUGUGGGAUUUAGUCAACAAAAUAGAAAACUGAAGGGAACAUCAAGAACAUUUAACAGCAACAACUUAACGAACUUAUUACCACAGAGUCAACGGGAUGGACAGUGUCUGUUUUCAUUGAGGACUCUCAUUUUCGGAUCAAUCAUCGUGCACAAACUGAACGGAAUUCGAAAUGUAACGCCCCAUUCGGCCUGCCUUGCAAUGUGUCUUUUCCUGAUUGUGAAGACAGAUGGAGACGCAAGUGACCUGGACAACUUUCCAGUGGCCGAUAUCGAUCUCGAUAACCAACAGAUUUUUUUACGCACAUUCUUUGCUAACUACAAUGUUGCCGAAAAUAUCCUGAAAGUAGCAUUUAAUGAUAUUUCUGGAGUUGGUGUACUUUCACCUCUUCUAUUUGGCUUGGACAGGAAAGCCGAAAAGUAUACCAGAGCGAAAUGGGCAAUGAAACAGCUAAUGGAAGGAUUCAAGGCAGACAUGUCACCGCAUGAGUUUCAAUCGUUUAUGCAAAAUCUCACCGACAGAUACACGAAAGAUUCAUUUAUCGGAUCCAUUUUAUAUUGGAUUUGUGUAAUAUUUGGAAUUAUUCCGUUACGUUAAUAACUGAAUGAUUACUUACGUUAAUAAAUAAUUUAC